UUCAAAAUUCUUUCAAGGCCUGUGGGGGUCACUGGCAAUACCAGCAUUUUUGCCUACCCAUUGGUGCCCUUGAACUGAGUGGUUUGCCUGUUUCAGAGUUAACCACAUUGCUGUGGGUCCCGAGUUACAUGGAGAGCAGACUGAAGAAAAGCAGAAGAGCAUUAGAGGCGCAUGAGGUUUUUUUUGGCAUUAGAUAGUUUGGCUGUGACAAUAAUGGACUAACUUUUUCAUCUUAUAGAUUAUGUAUUGUCCCACAUAACUACUACAAUUGAAUCGUUAAUUUAUACUAGUGGUGGAAAUUUGAACCCGUCGCUAAAGCAUUAAUCGAGAGCUCAGCAUUACUAGUCCAGUGAUAUUACCACUAUCGCCCUCAUCACACCCUAGUGUUUUCACAUUUACAUUGUUGAAACGGGUUUGAAAUCGAGAUAUAUUGAUCAUUACAACGCAGAAGCACCACCGCAGUCCUGGAGCAGCAACUAUAUACAGUGCUGCAUUCUUGGUGCAGGGUGGGCGAUCGCAUAAUUGCGAAUAAACUCGAUUUCAACAUAUGAAAAGGGACGUUGAAGCCAACACGCAAUAGCCAGCCUUCAGUAUCCCUGGAAAUUGACGUCUAGCAGUUUCACCAAGGACUUUGUAUUUCCAGCAGCCUUGUCUUUGCUCACGGCAGAGAAAUUGAUCCUGCUAGCGGGCUGGUUCAUAAUUUGCAGUAAGUGCCAGCCUUGUUUAGCGUUUUCACGAAACUGGGAUGGUCAGUGUGGCGUUUUGGUCGAAGAAUUAAAAGGUGCGGGAUUUACUGAGCGCAGUGCUCUUGACGUCAGGAUUUCUUUCCCCACCCCGGUGAGAGUGUGGAGGUGUGGGGAUCUCAUUAGAGCACCCAGACACACACAGCUAACGGUGAUGUUUCCCUUUGGUUUUGAAGUGGGCCGGGUUGUUGUGCAAACACUGUAUGCUGAGUAAACUGAGUGGCUGUGCGGAGGGUGCUUUCCAGCUACGAUCCACGCCUUGGAGCGGACGGAAUGGGCUGUGGAGGUAGCCGUGCUGACACCAUCGAGCCCAGGUACUACGAGAGCUGGACGAGGGAAACCGAGUCAACGUGGCUGACUAACACCGACACAGAGGCUCCUCUGCCGGGCAUUACCAACGGCUGCAGCAGCCUCACUAGCGAGCCCAGUGCUCUAGAGAAAGGCGCGGAGCAUGUGUAUUCCAAUACUUUAGAAGGAGGAAUCCAAACCCAGACCCAUGUGACUGCGUCUUCUAAUGUACAUGAAAAAGUGAGCACCGAUAAAAAGACAUCAACUGUUGGGACAAAUACACAGAUUGGAAAACAACACCUAACACAAGGCCCACCAACUAUGAAACAGAAAAGACGGUUAUUCAGAACAGAAGAGAAGAAAAAAUGGGAUUCCAACAAGAUGCCAGCAAAAGAAGUCAGUAUUCGUAUCACAAAAAGUAUCUGUUCGGUUGAGUCAGAUGAAAAAAAAAUGGAGAACUGCAUGAAAUAAAGGAAAACAAUUAACCCAGGAGCUUAUGGGGCACAGAGAUCAAUACUGUGCUCUCUACAAUAGAUCCAUUGCCUCAGAAAAAGACUAGCAACAAUGAAACACUGAAAAAUACCUACUAAGUUGAGUGGAAAAUAAUUAUUUCUUUGUGCCUUGAGAAUCAACAUUUGAAGAUUUGUGGAAAAAUUUGAUCAUGUCGAUCUUCUUAAAAUAUUUUUUCAGAAAGCAAAUGUAAUCAAUGUGCCAAAAUGUAUCAUUGAUUUUAGCUGAAAUUUUAAGUGUACACAAGAUCUAAGUAACUUGAAUUAUGCACGUUGGUUUUUCUGAUAAAUCUGUUGGUCUUUUCUGCAGAUGGAACCAAACAGACAAUUAUACACUAAUUAAAAGACCUCUUCAGUUCUCAUUGAGCUAUGUAAGCUGGUUUCAAACCUCUUUAAAAAAGCUUUUGAUCCUCUCUCAAUGUUUCUGUCCUGUCCAGGUUUUUGUCAUGAAGGUUUGGCAGAUUAAGUGUAUUCCACGUGAAUUCCCUCGGUAUUGUUUUAAAUUGCCUAAAAUAAAUUCUUAAUACACUCACUCUUCAUUUCCAAUUCCUUUUCCCCUGUGCAAUGUUCUAUUUGUUUGUGCCACAAAAUGUAUUUUAUGGUGAAUUACCCAUCUGUAUUUUUGUCUCUUUCACCCUGGCAGUUACCACUUACAGCAUCUGAGUGGGAUUAAAGAGUCUUAUCGUGGCCAGUAUAAAUGCUGCAGAGUAAGAUAUAGAUUUAAUUCUAACUCUCCAAAUCAGAGCAAUUUGCUGUCACCCACUAUUCCAGAGGAUCAGCCAUUUGAGGGGAUGGGUUUCCAGUGACACAGUGGGUAAUGUUCUGCCUCUGAGCUAGAUGCUCCGAAUUCAAGUCUACUUUCAAGACUUGAUGGCCUCAGAAGGUGUGUCCACAAUGCAACCAAACAUGAUGGUUAUCAUGAGUACCAGUUCGUAAGUCCUUCCCAUACAUGCCAAUGGUAGACAGUAAAGGUUGGCAACAUUCCCAGUCAGCAACAUGAUAGUAAAAGAAUUGGAGCCUCCAUCGUCACUAGAAGUAGCAUUGAGAUGCACUCACAAUGCUAAGGCAUAUAAUGUGAUGUGCUGAAAAAUGGGAUUAGAAUAGUUAGAUGGUUGUUUUUGCACAGCAUGGACAUGAUGGACUGAAAAGCCUUUCUCUGCACUGUAGAUCUCUCUGAAUCUAUGAUUCUCAGCCCAUUUGAUACACAUGACUGAGCCACCACAUAACAAUAGGCAAUUGAAAAGUGAACUGAAGUCAGUUCUGACUUCAGACACUUCAUACACAUAUGCAAUCAUACAAUUUGCAGUAUAGAGGUAAUCAGUUGACCGAUCAUGUCUGUACCAACUCCCAACAGAGCUAUCCAGCUAGUCACAUUCUCCAGCCCUACCUUCAUGGUCCUCUAAAUUCAUCACUUUCUAAUAUAUAUCUCGCUCUCUUUUAAAACCUCCAAUGGAAUUCGCUUUCAUCACACUCCCAGGCAAUGCAUUCUUUAUCUUAACAACUCUCUGAAUAAAGAUGUUUCUCCUCAUCUCACUCCUAGCUCCAUUGCUGACAAUCCAAAAAUUGUGACCCAUAGUUAUUAACACACUCACUAGUGAAAGCAGAAUAUCCUUCUUUAAUUUUGAGCACCUCAUUCAGGUCACCACUUCAUUGUAUCUGCUCUAAGGAGAAUAAGCCCAAUUUUUCUAAUAUAUCUAACAUAUUAUAUCUAAAAUCCCUCAUUCCUGGUUCCAUUCUAGUAAAUCUCCUUUGCACUCUUUCCAGAGCUUUAACAUCCUUCCUUAAAUAAGCUGCUCAAAACUAAUCACAAAACUCCAAAUGUGAACUGAUCAAUGAUUUGUAAAGAUGUAGCAUCACUUCCUUGCUUUUACACUCAUGCCUUUACCUAUAAACAAUUAGGAGAA